AUGGAGGCUUUUCAAUUGCUCUCUCGGGGAGGCGCCCAGUUUGACAAGCGUCGAUUCAAGUCUGACGUGAACCUCUUCAACAAGUCAUCCGCUUUGAAGGGGCGUGAUGCUCGUACUCAGGCCGUCCCCGACUCGUUACCGAGCGAGCUCGAUUUCUUUAAAUACACACAGUCCGCCCAGCCCAAGCGCAAGGCUGACGACGCUGCGAAAUCAACUUCCAGGAAACGAAGGAAAGUGCAGGACGGGGAUGAGGUUGAGUCGGAACACGAGUCGGGAGUGGAUAAUAGCGAGGCGGAAGGAGAAGAAGAGGGCAACGCCCGAGUACCUGGACAGCGUGUGACAGUGAAAGGAGACGGUGCUCCGGACCCAGCGUCAUCUUUCGGAAGCAUGAAGGAGCGAUAUGAUAUACCUGGUCAUGUCAUGUCAAAUCUGGAGAAAUUUGGCUUCAAGACACCGACGGGGAUUCAGUCCUAUGGCUGUCCAAUCUUGCUUGAGAAACGAGAUCUCGCCGCAAUCUCACCCACAGGUACUGGAAAGACCCUGUCGUAUCUGCUGCCAAUCAUGUCCGCCCUCCGUGCACCCUCCUCCAGCGCCGAAACGGAGACGGCUUCUGGAGUUCGAGCCGUCAUUCUGGCCCCAACCAAGGAGCUGGCACAUCAGAUACAUAACGAAUGCUUGAAGCUGGCGCUUGGGCGGAAAUGGCGCGUCGUGCUAUUCAGCAAAGCUACAGCUGCUACCCUCGCCGACAAAGUUGUUCGGGACAAAGUUGACAUCAUUAUCAGCACACCCUUAAGAAUGGUCGCCGCCUUACAGUCUGGUAAUCUUGACCUUGGCAGCGUCCGGCAUAUUGUGCUCGACGAAGCGGAUCGCUUGCUGGAUACGGAGUUCUUGGAUCAAGUACAAGAGGUCGUCGCAGCAUGUACCCAUCCUGAAGUACAGAAGACCGUUUUCAGUGCAACAUUACCAGCAAACGCGGAGAAGAUUGCUAUGGACAUGCUACGAAAUCCCAUCCGCAUUGUCGUGGGUCUCAAAGAUACACCACUUCCCCUCAUCGAGCAGGCGCUGACUUACGUCGCCGACGACUCGUCCAAACUGCCUACUCUACUCACGCAUCUGGCGCGACCUUACAACCCUCCGGUCGUCAUAUUCACGUCGACUCAACCACGUGCAAGUUCGCUCGCCGAGGAGCUUGUGUUACAUGGCAUCCCGAAUGUCGACUGCCUGCAUGCUGGUAUGACGGAUAAAGAGCGCGGGGAGACUGUGAGCCGCAUGCGGCGAGGAGAAACUUGGGUGCUCGUAAGCACUGAGGUCAUGGCGCGAGGCAUGGACUUCAAGGGCGUGCGCGAAGUCAUCAACUACGACUUCCCACAGAGCGUUCAGAGUUAUGUUCAUCGUAUUGGUCGUACCGGGCGAGCUGGUCGCGAAGGAAAAGCCGUGACUUACUUCACGAACGAAGAUGCUCCGUACAUCAAAUCAGUGGCGAAUGUCAUCAUGCAGUCCGGCUUCUCCGUGCCGGACUGGAUAGUCAAACUUCCGAAGCCAUCCAAGAUGAAGCGCAAGCAGAUGGGCAAAGUUAAACGUGCAGACGCCGUCAACCCAGCGCGGCGCAUCGGUCGAGACGAAGCCAUAAAGAGGAGAGACAUGGUUGCAGGCAGCAAGAGGCGGAAAGAGAAGGGCCGAGAGUCGUUAAUAUCCGACCGGACAGAUGGUGGCCCGGCAGUUGCCGAAAAAUAG